CGUUGACCAUCGAUCGCGGAAACGUCUCUCCUUCGGCGAUCGCGAGGAUCUAGACAGCACCGGUUCGACCUUCGCCCGAGUUCUCGAGGGAAUCAAACGUUAUGACAACAUCCGAUGGGGUAAAGGAUGACCGAACGUCGAAAGUUCACUGGCAAAAGAUUCAUACGGGCCAAGACGAGGACAUGCACAUUUAUGGAUUCGAGAGGAGCAACCCGAAACGUUUUUUGACUUGCCUGUCUUACGUGUUGACCGUCGGUUGCAUCAGACUGUUCUUCCACUGGUAUCCUCAUCUGCAUGUCUAUGCGACUCACAAGAAGUGCCCCUUGUAUCGUGCCACCAAAUUGCUCGUAACCGAUAAUUAUCAAGGAAAAUACACGUCCUACUUCGUGAAGGAAGUAAAAACCGUUUCCGCGAAGGACCUCAGCUCGCAAGAAUUGUCGAGAGUUUUCGGCCACGGCGACAACGACGGAGGCGGGGACAGGCGUUUCGUCGAAAAGAUCGAGUCGAAGAAGCUGCCGAUUCGUUUGGAGAAUGGCACGCAACGCGAACUGUUCGAGUACAGAGCUUUCUGGUGCAAGAAACAGUGCUACGUUUGGGACGCGCAACAAGACGCGUUCUCCAGAUUGGUCGGCCUGGACAGAUUCACGUUGUGCUCGGAUCUACAUUUGAGCAGCGAUCAGGGCCUUUCGAAGGAGGAACAGUGUCUCAGGCGACUCGUCUACGGAAACAACGCGAUCGGCGUGCCCGUUCAGAGCAUCGGCGUGCUGCUGGUACUGGAGGUUCUGAAUCCGUUCUACAUAUUCCAAGUGUUCACGCUUUGCGUUUGGUUCGCGGAAGACUACCUCUAUUAUACCGCGGCGAUCGUGUGCAUGUCGUUGUUCGGGAUCACGAGUUCCAUAAUACAGACCCGCAAGAAUCAGAUCAAUCUGCGAAGCACCGUCGCGUCGACGGAGACGAUUCGCGUGCGCAGAGGUCCGUCGCUGUUGGAAACUAUACCGUGCAGCGACUUGGUCCCCGGUGAUAUCAUAGAGUUGCCUUCUCAUCGGGCCACCGUGGUGUGCGACGCGGUUCUCUUAACCGGGCAAUGUAUAUUGAACGAAUCCAUGCUGACCGGAGAGUCGGUGCCGGUCACGAAAACUCCGCUACCGUCGCAACGCGUUCUUUACGAGCCGAAAGAGUGCUCCCAUCACACGAUAUUCAACGGCACCAGCAUCAUUCAGACCAGAUGUCACGGGAAUGGUCCGGUCCUCGCGCGGGUCAUUCGAACGGGCUUCCACACGAACAAGGGCGGCCUGGUCGCCGCUAUCCUCUACCCACCACCGGCGGACUUUAAGUUCGAUCAAGACUCCUACAAAUUUAUCGGCAUCCUCGCCUUCAUCGCCAGCUGCGGCUUCGUUUACACCAUCUUGUCCAAGGCUUCCAGGGGAAUCACGGUUGGCGACAUCGCCAUAAAGGCGUUGGACAUAAUAACGAUAGUGGUUCCUCCGGCGCUUCCCGCGGCGAUGACCGUAGGAAAACUGUAUGCUCAGUCGCGGCUCAAGAGAGCACAAAUCUAUUGUAUAAACAACAGAGUUAUCAACGUGUCCGGCAGCAUAAAUUGCGUCUGUUUCGACAAGACGGGAACCUUGACGGAGGACGGCUUGGACAUGUGGGGAAUCGUGCCCUCCACGAACAGCGUCCUCGGCGAACCGGAGAGGAGCAUUCCCAAGUUGAAGAACCACCCUCUUUUCGAGGGCAUGCUGGUUUGUCAUAGUUUGACUCUGAUAGACGAGCAACUCUGCGGAGAUCCUUUGGACGUCAAGAUGUUCGAGAGCACCGGAUGGCUACUGAAAGAACCCGACAACGUCGAUCGAACCGGCUCGAGCAAGUACGAUCACGUUACAGCGACGAUCGUCGAGUCGAGGAAGAACGAGAAAGAUCCGUCCGACGAUGAAAUUGGAAUAGUGCAACAGUAUCAAUUCUCGAGCUCUCUGCAACGAAUGUCCGUGGUGGCGCGCAAAUCGGGCUCGCAGACUUAUAGAGCUUACACGAAGGGAUCGCCCGAAAUGAUCCUCAGUCUGAGCAAACCGGAAACCGUCCCGAAAGACGUUCUGUUCAGCUUGAGGCGGUACACGGAACAAGGCUAUCGCGUUAUAGCCAUGGGCCGCUCGGAAUUCACCGGGGACAGCGCCAAGAUCACGAAGCUACCCCGUGACGUGGUCGAACAGAAUCUUGAGUUUCUGGGUUUCGUCAUCAUGGAAAACAGACUGAAAGCACCAACGAAAGCGGUCAUCCAGGAACUCAAGUCGGCCGACAUGCACGUUCUAAUGAUUACUGGGGACAAUAUUCAAACUGCUGUGAGCGUUGCAAAAGAAUGUGGCAUUUUGUCGCCGCAAGAGACUGUGAUAGACGUCACUAUAGUUGCGAAAGAAAACAAGAUGCAGCCAGAGAUUUAUUUUAAUGCUCAAGAAUUGCCCCCUAAACCGAAUCCCAACAAUAACAAGAAACUGAGGAUUACGGAGUUGCGGGACAUAGAACAAAGUAUAGGUAGUCGUAAUUAUCGGUUCGCGUUAACGGGACAAUCGUGGCAAUUAUUGCGCGAGCAUUAUCCGGACAUCGUGCCGAGAAUUUGUGUACGCGGUGCGAUAUUCGCUAGGAUGUCCAGCGAUCAGAAGCAACAAUUGGUUCUGGAGCUGAUGCAACUUGGUUAUUACGUUGCUAUGUGCGGCGAUGGUGCGAACGACUGCGGUGCUUUGCGAGCGGCGCACGUCGGUGUAUCCUUGUCCGAGGCAGAAUCCAGCGUUGCUAGUCCGUUCACGUCGAAGGUACCCGACAUUACUUGCGUUCCGAAGGUGAUCAGGGAAGGUCGCGCCGCCUUGGUGACAUCGUUUGGAAUCUUCAAAUUCAUGGUGAUCUAUUCCUUGACGGAGUUUCUAUCCGUGAUAAUCCUUUACUCCAUCGACUCGAAUUUAACGGAUCUAGAGUUCUUGUUCAUCGACAUUUGCCUGGUCGUUAACUUCGCCUCGUUCUUCGGUAAAACGCGGUCGUACGAGGACAAGCUGGUGAAGAAACCUCCGAUGACCAGUCUUUUAAGUUUCACGACAAUCUUUUCCCUGAUCGCGCAUAUGUUAAUUAUGACCCUGUUUCAGGCUUCGGCUUAUCACGCGGUUCGUACUUUUUCUUGGUUUACUCCGUUCGUUUACACGGGCGAAUCGUACGCGUGCUACGAAAACUAUUCAGUAUUCUGCGUCUCCAUGUUCCAAUACAUAACUAUGGCGGUGAUAUUCUCCCGCGGGAAGCCUUAUCGAAAAGCCAUUUACACGAAUAUUACCUUCAUCGUUUCUCUUAUCGUGCUGACCACGAUCUGUACGUACGUUACCGUCUAUCCUGCCGGCUGGAUAGUGAAUUUGCUCGUGCUACAGGUACCUCCAGCUUAUGACUGGAAGAUCAUAAUUUUGGCACUCGCUGUGGUAAACUUUGUAGUUUGCAUUUUCGUCGAAAUGUUCCUGAUCGAGUACGUGAUAGAGACGAAAUUAAAGUCAAAGUUCUACAGGCCUGAGAAAUCGAAGAAAGAGUACCUGAGAGUGGAUCACGAAUUACAACACGACUCGAGUUGGCCGAACCUCGACAGGGAUCUACCCGUUUUACCGUUAACGCCGAGUGUAGAAAAUAUUAUCAACGUGUCCUACAGAGAGGAACAUUGUUACACAUUGUUGAACGUCGGCGAUAACGAAAAGACCUCGAAUCUACCUGGCACGGGAUCGCGUCAUCGCGCCAUAGAGUCGAGUAAGGACGGCAAAAGUUUGUAUGGGUUCGAUAAUUGCGCGUUCAUUAACGACGAAUCACCGCGGAACAUAAACAUGAUAACUAGAUUUUAAGACGGUAUGCCGAGUCAGAACUUUUUUCUUUUCAAUUAUCGAUAUCGGACACCGGAACGAUUACACUCAGUAUUUGUAUACAAGUAUUAUCGCGAUAAUCCUGGAACGGUAACAAAUAUUUUUACUACGAGAGAGACAAUGGAUCGGAACGAACGUGAAACACGAAAUAACGACAUACCUCAUCGAUUUCUGAUUAUUCUUGUACCUAAACACGAACAAACGUAAUAUAUCCUUUUCGUUUUCGUUAUUGAAACAUGAUUAUUUUAUGAUCUUGACGAUUGCAUUCUGCUAGAAAAUUCUUCGAAAUUUUCCUAAUGCAAGAACGUGUUAGUUAAUCGAUCGAUACGAGGCAGAUGAGGCACGAGAUCGUUUCUUCGAGAUAUUUCACCUACGGAACGUAUGUACAUAGAAAGAAUCAUUAUUUAUUAGCGGGAAGUUAUAUUUACCAUUCAAUAGAAAAUUUGAGCAUCCAAAAAAUAAAACAAAUUGCAGAUCAUGAGACGAGAUUGUUUUUCAUCUUCCGAGCCAAUGAUUUCAAUUUUCUUAGCAUUCUCUGUAACAUAAUAUGUAAAUUAUAAUAUAAAUCUGCGUACGUGGUAGUUACAGAAAUCAUAUUUUCUGUAUUAUAGUCACCUAUAAUGUCAUUUUGAUUGUUCACGAGUUCUUUUUGAAUCCAAUCUCUGUAGCGAAGCACGACUUUAUUUAUCGUUUGUAUCGUAUUUUCGUGUAUCUUGGGCUUUAAAAGAAGACCGGGUAAAGUUGAAAUGAAUUCCUUGAAUGCGCGUUCCCUGAGAUACAUUAGCAAAAUAGAAUUGUCAAGGAACCGUUUAAAACGGUACACGUAUGUAGAAUUCAAUAGUAUAAAUACAAAUAGUUGUACCUGUGUAGUUUGUGUAAAGUAUGAUCCAACAUUAUAUCGCUAAUGGUAGAGAA